AUUCAUAAAAGUUCUUUCAGUGACAAAGGAAGUUAAAAAGAAUUUAUCGAGAUAGUUUUCAUGCCAAAAUUAUUUUAAGAACUUUAAAUUUGUGAGUGAAAUUUCAACUGAAUUGUUUUGCAAUUAAAUAUCAAAAAAUAAAUUCAAAGUGAAAUUUUNAUUGAUAAAUAAUUAAAAGUUUUAAUCAAUUUUUCCUAUUUUCGCAAAUCAUUUCAAUAUUUGUUUUGUUUUUAUUUCUCUAAAGAUUUUCAGACGGUGAUAGAUUUUUAAAAAGCUUCUCAACUUGGCAAUAAAAUGGUAAACGAAUACACGGGACCGCCACCACAAGAGUUGGAAACUUUUCUUCCCAAAGAUCAACAAAAAAAUGGAAUUUCAACCUAUAAAGUUGCACCAGCAGCACCAAGCGAUGCUGAGAAUGGAACAUUACCAGAUUUUGAUCCUUUUAAGGAGAGACGUGUUGAUCAUCCAACAACUGAUAUGGACACUUUGACACAUCUGCUGAAAGCUUCAUUAGGAACAGGAAUUCUUGCGAUGCCAAUGGCAUUCAGUUAUGCUGGGUUAAUUACUGGAAUAUUUGCUACAAUUUUAACAGCGUUAAUUUGCACACAUUGUGCUUAUGUUCUUGUUAAGUGCGCUCAUACACUUUAUCGUCGUACAAGAAAGACUUCAAUGAACUUCUCAGAAGUUGCUGAAAAUGCUUUCGUCAAUGGUCCACGAUGGAGUCGUCCAUGGGCUCAAUUCAUGAAAAAAUUCAUCAAUUAUGGUCUCUUCGUCACAUAUUUCGGAACCUGUUCAGUGUACACUGUCAUCAUUGCUGCAAAUAUUAGAGAAGUCAUUGAACAUGUCUUCGAUAUCCACGACCAAGAUGAACGUGUUUACAUCGCUUUACUUCUAAUUCCAUUAAUUCUUCUCUCUUGGGUCCCCAACCUCAAAUAUCUUGCACCAUUUUCAACUGUCGCUAAUUUAUUCAUGGGAGUUGGACUUUUAAUUACACUUUAUUACUUGACAACUGACAUGCCAGAUAUCAACAGCCGACCUCUUCAUACAUCAUUACUCAAGUUACCGCCAUUUUUCGGUAUCGUGAUAUUCGCAAUGGAAGCUAUUGGUGUUGUUAUGCCUUUAGAAAAUUCAAUGAAGACACCGCAACACUUUAUUGGAAUUUGUGGAGUUUUAAAUCAAGGAAUGGCUGGAGUUACUCUCGUUUAUAUUUUGCUUGGCUUCAUUGGAUUUGUGAAAUAUGGAGAUGAUGCCAAAGGUUCAAUCACAUUGAAUCUUCCCAUCGAAGAACUUAAAGCACAGAUUGUCCGAAUUCUUAUUGCGCUUGCUGUUUUCUGCACAUUUGGGUUGCAAUUCUAUGUUUGCCUUGAAAUUGGAUGGGAAGGUAUCAAAAAUAAAUUCACAAAACGCCCUGUUCUGGUCAAUUAUGUCAUGAGAACAGUUCUCGUAACAUCUGCUGUGUUACUAGCUGUGGCUGUGCCAACAAUUGGACCAUUUGUUGGACUUCUUGGUGCUUUCUGCUUCUCAAUUCUCGGACUUCUUGUACCUAUUGUUAUUGAAAUGGUCACAUAUUGGGAUCAAGGAUUUGGAAAAUAUUAUUGGAUCAUUUGGAAGAAUAUUUUCAUCACUUUCUUUGGAAUCAUUGCGCUUUACUUUGGAUCCAAAUCAUCAAUUGAAGAUAUCGUUGCACUUUACAGACAAACAGAGUAGAUUAAAAUGUAAUUUUAAAAACAUUUAAAUGCAUUCAUCAUUUCGAUGGUUUUUAUACAAUUUUAAGGACAUGAAAUGCAGGAUUAUAAAUUAAUUAGUUUUAUAAUUACAUCAAAGAAAAAGAUUUAAUUUAGGCUCAAAAAACAGUAUCANUAUCAUUGACGAGUGUUUUUAAAUUACACGAUUUAACAUUUAAAACCUAAUGUUUAGCUGUGAUUUUAACAGAAUCAAUUUUCCCACGAAUUAUUCAUAAAUUUAAGAUUUGGAAAUUAAAAUAAAUUAUAAUUGUUUAAAAUCUUUCAUCAAAUUGAAACUGGAAAUUUUUAUAAGUGCUUUAAAGGCUUAAUUGCGUAGCUUACUUACCACAUUAUGUGUCAAUUUAUUCAAGCAAAUUUGUAUAAGGAAUUGCAUAACUUUAAGGCGAAAUAAAAAUUCUUAA